CGCGGCCACCGCAAACAACCGUACCACGUCCCGCCCGUGCCGCCACCGCGACAGUGGCGGGCUGUGGGGCCUAAGUGACACAGUGCGCACAGUGCCGAGCGGGGUGUCGCGGGGGCAGGCGCGCGGGCCUCGUCACGGCGUAGUACAUGUCGGCGGUGAUGCGCGGGCUGGGGCGUGCAGCCGCGACGCUACCUGUCGCAACACCUGCCGCCCUCCGGCAUGGCCGCCGACCUGGCCAGCUCCAUGGAGAGCUCCAGGGCGUACGGCCUGUUCACACUCCGGGCGGACUUCGACCGCGACAUCGACUUUGACUUCUUCGACGACUCGCGCGCGCCGUCGUCGACGUCGCCUUGGCGUGGGGAGGACGACGCCGGCGGGGGCGGCGCCCCGCGGACGCCCCCCGGCGCCGGGCCGAAACACCGUGAUGACGACGGGAACCUGCCGUCCCCGAGGCUCACGGCCGGCCCGACGCCGACCUGCAGCAGCGGUAGCGGUGGCGGCGGCGAUAGCCUGGUGUCCUCGUCGUCAUCCCUGCCGCAACCCUUGGACACGGCCCGCACCGAGGACGGCGAUGACGAGGCGAAUCUUGAGCGUCACCAGGACCAGCUGGGCGAUAUCGAUCCUCCCGGACACGGCGGGGACGGCGACGACGACGUCCUGGAAGACGUGGUGGUGGCCGCGCAGCGCCCAGCGGCGGCCCCGACGGAGGCAAUCGAUCAAAUGACGGCGGCUCGGGCCGUGAACAGCGACACCAGCGCCCCCACCAGGACAGACGCCACAGAGUCAGAGGCUGCGGAUGAGCCGAGCGGACCGGGCGCCUCUGAACGGCCACCUGCAGAUGGCUCCGCUGCUCCAGAUGGUCUAGAUGGCCUCCCGGGGGAGGCCGAUGACGUCCCCCGUGAGAAGGCGCAGCAGGUUUCGCAGGUUGCGCCGCUUGCAAGCACCCCAUCUGCGCCCACGCGCGAACUGCCCGCGCUGGUGGUGAGCGCCCCGGCGUCGUCGUCGUCAUCGGAGGCCUCCGAGGACAGCGCGGGCGCGGCGAUCAGCGAUGGCGAGGGUGAGGACGACGACGACGAGUGCGUGGCCAUCCAGGAGCUGACGCUCACCGUGUGCAACAGGAAGACGAGGGCCGUGUCCUCCAUCACCGCGGUGUCGAGCGUGGCCGUCGGCGACGAGGACUCGGACGACACGGACGCCGAAGACGCGAUCGAGGCCAUCACCAAGGCGCUGCACCGGGCGCGUCCCAUCGGCUCGGCGAGCUCGCUGCCGGUGCCGCUGCGGGCGCCGCCGCCGGGCCCGGGCCGCGGCCGCGGGGGCCGGUCCCGCCGCCUCAACAUGUCCUUCUCCAACGACGAGGCCCGCCGCAUCCAGCGCGACAACGAGCGCCUGCUGCGCCGCAUCGUGGGCCAGCGCGCGCGGCCGCCCCCGACCAGGACGGCGCCGACGCCGCCCCCGAGGCCCUCGGCCGUCGGCGCCGCCCCCUUCCUGGCGCCGCCGUCCACCCACCACUGCAGCCACGCCGUCAACAGGGUGCGCCGGGGCAGGGACAUCGAGCGCGAGAACCAGAUCCUCCUCAAGAAGAUCCAGUCCGUGAAGCGCUCUCCCAGCCAGUUGUCCGUGUCUCGCUCCAGCAGUUCCAUGAGUGGCCGGUACUCGUGCGGCUGAAGCGACAAAGGCUUGGGGUUCUGAGGAUUAUCAGCGCCAUUCCGACGAUUUUUCUAUAAUGACAGGACAAAGGACUGAAAUAUUCCAAAUCGACGAACUAGAUCGGUUUUGGAAAACUAAGGUCAAUAAGUGAGGUGUAGUCGUACAGAUCGCGCCAUGCAUGGGGAUGUCAAAAUGAAGCCGUUAUUGACUCCGAUUUCAUGGCACCAAUCUUUCCUUCCGAGAUACAAUAUAAUGGCGAAAACAUUGUAGUCACAUUAACGUCACUUUGAGAAGUCUUCAGUAGCGCCGAUCGGCUCUAAAGGGAGCUCCUAGGGGGUGGGGAACGGAGCGGGUGAGGAGGGGGAGGAAAAGCUAUGUUUUUUGUCCUUCAGACGGAGUGGGGGUGUUUGGUGUUUCUUUCUGGGGUGGAGUUCUAUGUAUCGGUCGGAUCUUGCACCUGCAUCUUUUUUUUCCUAUAUGACUCGUCCUUGUGAUCUGUAAAGAGCUAGUUUAAGUUAAGGCGGGACGAUUACAUCGCGAGCAUGACCACUAUGUGGUCACACGCCAAUGUUAAAUCAUAGGUGCGAAAAAUUUCCUGAAUUCAAUGUGUUUAUUGACUAUUUCGUCAAACGCUAUCACUACUAUAACCAACCGUAGGAGAUAAUAUCUCAUUAUUAUUGCCGUGAGUAGUUGUUCGACUUAUCGCUCUGACUGACAUUUUUUAUUGUGUGCUAUUUUCACUCUAGAUGGCAUGACUGGAUUUGUAGUGUUUUCAUCUUUGGGUAUUUUUGCCGCACUUCAGGUACAGUCAGGCAUCAGUGUUUUUGCGGGACUUCCCUGUUAUUACUGUCAAUUUUUCCAUAGCUUUGUAUGGUAUUAUAACCAAUGUAAAAAUGUAUAAUAAAACAAUUUCGUAGUUGUGAUA